AUGAAGUCGUCAAAGUCCUCGCACCCCGGUCUGUCUCCGCGGGGUCGAUCGUCGCGCCUGACAGAAGGUCAUGGCUCAUCAACAUCACAGACAAGGUCUAUGCCGGGAGGCGAAGACACAAUGAGUGAGAACAGAAAUUCACAGUCUGCGCCAGAUGGUUCUUCGUCACUUGCACACCAGCAAGCCACCCAAGUUCUCGCGCGUGAGUUACCGGGCGAUAUUGAGGCAAUGCGACGUAGAAUGGGCCUGGCUUUGGCUCAAAAGCAACAAAUGCGCGCCUCUGCUGUAUCUGCCAUCUCUGUCGACGGUGCCAAACAGAGCGAACCAGUAGAAUCAGCGCAACCUCUGCUUCAUACCGAGUCCAGUUCAGAUGAGUCUGUGAAUACAGGAACCUUGUCGACUGACUCUGCCAGAACCAUAAGAGCAACCUUGGACGCGACACCGGGGACGAUCAGGACACCUUCAUAUCCUUUCCCUCGUAUGGCGUUCCGGCUCAAUCGGGGUAUCAGUCAACGGUCAGGGCCUUCUCAUAAACCAUUCACUUUGCUCUCCCCAACAAACGAGCCUCCGGUGACCGGAACCGAACCUGCACCUACCCAACUUCAGGCACAGGCCUCUUCUUCAGAGUUAAGCACCCCAAUAGGUCAAACACCGCUCGGUGCGGCUUUUCCUGAGGAUCCAAACUUUCCGGCACCAGAUCUGCUGGAGUGUGUACUAGUCCUAAAUUCGGAGCCUGGUUUGGAUAUGUGGUGGGCGAAUGUCACAGAUAUUCUAAACGAGUUUGGCGCUGAGAGAGCGUCCCUAGCCGUUCCGGGCGACAUCACCGAUCUCGAGAAUGUUCCUUGGGGUCAGAAAGCCACCUACAAUUGCUACGGGAGCGAUGCAGCUCCCCCUUCCCAAUUGGACUCAACGACCGCCUCAGACCUUGACACGUCCUCUGUUGGGAGACGACCGGAGCCCUCUUCGCGGACGCCUAGUGACGUGAGUACCUUGUCUACUCGUCGGCCUCCAUUGCUGUCCAGACAUUCUAUUGCAGGACCAGUGCCAGAUCCUGCCAGUCGCAGCUCUCGUCAACGGCCAGCCGGACCUAUCCGAGCCUACAGCAGUGCAGCCAAAGAGGAAGAUGGACAGGCUUCGACAGUAACCGCGCCCGUAUUACCCAGGCUAACAAAGCAGCCCGCCACCCCGCGCUCUUCAUCUCUAGCUGAAUCAAACCCUCUGAACUUCAAAGGACCGUACAACUCGUCGGGGUCGGCGUCGUCCACUUUGAGAUGUCAUGUACACCGUUCGCUUCAACCCUUGGAGGCAGAGCGUGAUCCACUACUUGUUCGGACGGGUGUUGUGUCUUUGUUCAACAAAAGAAAACCUGUCAUCUUGACAAGGGCCUAUUCAGAAGAAGUCCCGAAACGAUCUCCGCUUCCGAGAGGCAGCGAGGAUCUGUGGACGGCGCCUCGGACUCCAUCAGCUGCUGCCGCCGAAAAGAUUAAAGCCAACAACAUGGAAGAGCCGCAAUACUCAAUAAUUCGUGCUUUCGACGAAUAUGAGCAACCUGAGCCCUCGCCUUGGUCUCAAAGUCCGUCCCCUUCGCCGGCAGCCAGACCAGAUCCUGAAGAAUCUCCCUUCUUCAACCCUCCUACAGCAUCCAUUGAUGAGACGGCAUUUGAGCAGAACCCUCCUGUAUAUGACUACGCCACCACUGCGAAUCAGUCGCUGAACGCGAUAGGUGCAGAUAUGUCAAAGACUCUGGUGCAUAUACCAUUGAUACAGCCGAUCCUAGCUCGAGGCACGAUGGCGUCCAAUUUACGCUUCCCUGUUGCCAUUCUGUCAUUCAUCUCGAACGUAAACCCGUUCCCACUUAGCUGGCGCCGAGCCCUCGAGGCCUUGUUGCCUCAUAUUGCUAGCUCGUACUCACUCGCGCAACAAUACAGUGCUCUCCAAGAUCGUCUGAGAGGUGCUCCUGGAAGCCGCCACGGAGCGGCAUUCGGUUUAGGAGGCACAUUCUCCGACGAGGGCUCGGAGUUAGAAUUGGUAGCGGAGCUCAGCGAGCAAAUUGCGCUAGACAGAGAACAGCCAAGAAGCUGGACCACAUACGAUGCCAGCAGUCCUUCAGGGCUCAAAGAUAGCCCAAGUAGCUCACUUUCCAGCACCCCUCACUUGGAACAUUUGGGCCUAAGUCCAGGUCUUCCACCCACUCCGGGGAGAUCGGCUUCGGACAUGGUCGACAGUUAUUUUUCAACGCGAAGGCAGCGUGGUACCCAGCAGCCGUUGACUCCAGGACCUAGACCCACCAAGGACGAUGGCGAACAGUCCAAAAGGUCUACCGAGAAAGUAGUAUCGACCUCUAAAGCAGUAGCGAAGAAGUCUGCUAAUAUCAAGACCCAAGCGGAGGCUCAAAUGCAAAGCCCGGUGGCAAAGCGCGCGGGGAGCAACGCUUCUGGAAGUGAAAUUGGGGAUCAAAUUUUUGACCGAGCUGACUCGUCCGCUCGACGUUCAACACUUCGACGUUACAGCCAGUCAAAGGAUGAAGAAAAGCCGCUCCCGGAGCUCAUCUCUUCGCUGAUGUUGAAUUCAGUACCUCUCCAGCUCUUCCUUGCUAAACCAACUACCGGCGACCUGGUGUGGACGAACCGCAAAUUUGAUGCUUUCAGAAGUCAGGGAGAAGGACGUGUCCGUGACCCGUGGAAAAAUGUCCAUUCGGCAGACAGGAAUGGCUUGGUGAAGUUAUGGAACGACGCCCUGAGAACUGGAAGCCAAUUUACUCACUACAUCAGAGUAAAGCGAUUCAACAGCGAUAACGAUUUCCGCUGGUUCGUUUUCCGUGCCAGCACGUUAUUGACUAACAAUGGCCGGCUUCUGUACUGGAUUGGGUCUUUCCUUGAUGUACAUGAGCAGUACAUGAAGAAUCUAGAGGCGAGUGAGAAAGAAGCAAUCAUGGCGCGAGAGACCAAAAUUCGUGCGUUGGCAGACGCUAUUCCGCAGAUCUUGUUUGAGGCCAUCGAAGGAGACGGCAUCGUAGCUGUCAACCAGCAGUGGCAUGCAUAUUCAGGUCAGACACUAGAGGAGGCUCGGGGCUUGGGCUUUGCCAAGCACGUCCACCGUGAUGAUUUACACAAAUGCGGCAUCUUGUCACCAUCCGAUAUUGCCGCCAUUGCACGAUCUUCCGGGAGCAACCGCACAGAUUCAUCCAGUGAUUCGAAUAAGACGGCAGCUCCUUCGCUCCCGACACGGAAGAAUUUGUUUUCUCCAGACCUGUCGUCGCUGGAUCAGAUGAUCAAGUCGGGAUCGGUCAUGGUUGAGAAGGACGAAAACGGUCAGUUGUACUACCUGACCGAGAUUCGAUUGAGAUCAAAGGGUGGCGAAUACCGAUGGUUUCUUGUACGCUUGGUCCGCGUUGAGACAGGCCUAUGGCAAACCCAAAGCGGCAAAGCAUCAUGGUAUGGUACCUGCACUGACAUUGAGACACGAAAAGCCCUGGAGCGCAAACUGAACGAAGCAAACGAAAAGGUUCAUCGAGAGAUGGAAUCGAAAACCAAGUUUUUUGCCAACAUGAGUCAUGAAAUCCGGACCCCUUUGAACGGUAUCAUUGGCAGUAUGCCUUGGUUAGUUGAGUCGUCUUUGGAUCACGAUCAGCGAAGAACCGUCGACACUAUACAAAACAGCGCCAACAACCUGAGGGAGCUUGUCGACAACAUCUUGGAUGUGACAAAGGUCGAAGCAGGCAAGAUGACACUUUUCCCAAAGUGGUUCCAUGUCCGUAGCCUCUGCGAGGAAGUGAUUGACACGGUUUCAUCUCGAGCCAUCGAGCGAGGAUUAGCGCUCAACUAUUCUCUGGAAACAAAUGUGCCCUCCACGGUCAAGGGCGAUGCAUUCAGAGUUCGUCAAGUCUUACUCAACCUCCUUGGAAACUCAGUCAAAUUCACCGAGCAAGGUGAAGUUUACAUGCGAUGCUCUUUACGUGUGGUGCUACCCACGAAUUCGAGCGAAGAUGCUGGCAAGACGCUCUUGCUCAACUUUGACGUCAUAGACACUGGCCGUGGAUUCAACGAGGACGAGUUUCAGAGGCUAUUCAAACAGUUUGGUCAAAUUGGUGGCGGUACCAGCCAUGAAGCCGGGUCUGGGCUAGGGCUGUUCCUCUCGAAACAGCUGGUCGAGAUGCACGGCGGAGAGCUUUCGGUGCAGAGCAAAGCCGGAGAAGGAUCAGUUUUCAGCUUUUAUGUGAAAGUAGAGAUGGAGCUUUCGGGAGCUGAGCCAAGUGUUACACCUUCAACUGCGGCUCAGAGCAGCACACAGCAAGCAACGAUGCUCAAUGCAAGCGCUCGGUCGCGCUCUGACAACAAAGUUCCGAUGACGAGUGUUGGGAAGCGCCCCUCUCAGUCCAUCAUUCAGACGCCAGGUCUUUCUCGAUAUGUUUCUGUGCAAGACCAAGGUUCACCUGCAGUGCUCCCCUCACCGGCCACGCCUAGUCCAGCUGUCAUAUCACCUUCUAUAGUGACAUCUGCGGAUUCCGGAGUGUCGACUUCUGUGAGGUCAAAUUCAGGUCCUCUGGUGAACGCUUCAACAAUCACCUCAUUGGUACCAACUCCAGAAUCAGCACCUUCUCGCGAUGCUGUGCCUGAGGUGCAUGAGCAGCGAGUUUCAGAGACGAAGACGAGUACUCACCCUGCUUUUAGACGUAGUAAAAGCGACAAUGAUGGAAGGGGGUUGUCCCCAGCCCACCCUCAAACGUACUCGAUCAUCAUUGUGUGCCCGGCCGAACAUGCACGAAUGGCUAUCAAACAACACAUUGAGCACGUGGUACCAUAUCAGAUUGCGGCCAAUGUGACCACUAUUCCAGAUAUUGGAUCGUUCUUGGAUCUGAUUAACGGUCGCUCUCCACCGUCGUUCACUCACGUUGUUUUGGAUAUCCCUGCAACAUCUGAUAUCAUGCUUUUCAUGAGACAGAUGGCAACAUACAGCGCACCUGUGAUUCCAGCACUCGUCGUCAUUACUGAUCACUACCAAAAAAGAGACAUCCUGGAGGAUUUUACCGCACUGACGUCGACCGGACGAAAGGCUUUUUUGAUACAUAAACCGGUCAAACCCUCGGUCUUCGCAAUGAUCUUUGAUCCGGCGCAGCUACGGAACCUAAGCAAAGACCGGGCGCGCGAAGUAGCCCAAUCGAGUUCCGAUGAUUUCCAGCAAAUAGUGAGGCUGGUCAAGGAGAAGAUCGGGAACGGAAACAAGCGACUGUUACUGGUUGAGGACAGCGAAGUGAACCGAAGAGUGAUCCAACGAUACUUUCUGAAGACUUCGCUGGCCAACGAAUGCGCCAAAAACGGACAAGAGUGCGUCGACAUGGUCAAAGAAAAGGGACCGGGGUACUAUUCUCUGAUCAUUUGCGAUAUCCAGAUGCCAAUAAAAAACGGGUACGAGGCCUGUCGAGAAAUCCGAGAGUGGGAGCAGAGUCAUGGGUAUCAACCGUGCCCAAUCAUGGCCUUGACCGCGAACGCCAUGCCGGAGGAACGAGCUGCUGCUGCCAAUGCUGGAUUUACAGACUACCUCACGAAGCCGGUGGAUUUCAAUCUGCUAGGGACCAUGAUGAUGACGCUGCUAGACCCAAGCGUGCCACACGUGUUCUUACGUGAUAGGCCUCUUGAAACUUAG